AUGGGGCAUGUGGAUAUCCGUCAGCUCUUCGACGGCGACCCUCGACCAACUUUUGUUGUUGACUGCGACUCCCCUUCAUCCGCCAUCUACCAUGUCAAUAUCGCCUUGCUUGCUAUCCCACAAAUUGUCUUAUCACUUAGUUCCCACAACGCACUGAGAGACUGGUGGGAUCCUGUGAGCCUCAGUUCCGCUCGCCACCAAAAUGAGUUCCGCCAUGGUAGGUACCGAUGGGCCAAGUUCGUCGUCUGCCGUCGCUGGCUCGUCGUUACCAUUGUUCAGCAGCCACCCCCUUCGCUCGAGAAAUCAAGCUGCUUUCCAGAGCCCGCGAGGCUGUCUCGCAUUGUCUCUCCUCUCUGGGCAUCUCAGCCAGAUACCAUCUUCACUGUCAAAAUCCAGUCGCCAGAGUUACGCCAACACAUUGAACACAUCCGCAAAGUUGAUUGGUCAAAAACAUCCCUAGGCCCUAUAAGCAACUGGGGAUAUGAGCUCAACCUACUUGUGACGACUUUGAUGCUGGAAACCCGCCCAACCGCUCUCUUCCUCGGACCCGAGCGGACCAUCUUGUACAACCCCGCCUAUGGCGCAGUCAGUGGGUCGAGACACCCUGCCAUACUGGGUCAGAGUAUCCUAGAUGCAUGGCCUGAGCUUGCAGAUCCUAUCUCGACAACCAUGGACCGCUCAGAGCAAACACGCUUCGCCGAUGUUCCUGAAGAGGAAUUUCACUUCAUGGUCGAAAGAAAUGGUUUCGUUGAAGAGGUCUUCUUCAUGUGGAGCCUUGUACCUCUUGUCGGUGUCGGCAACAUUACCGGCAUGUAUUCCAUCGUAACAGAGGUCACGAAACAGAGGCUGCUCGAGCGUCGCGUCAAUGCUUUGUUAAGGGUGGGCCAGUUAGCCAGCAAAGCUAGAACAACCAAAGAGUUUUGGGCUCAGGUAGGCCAAGCUAUUCAGCCAUCUGAGUAUGAUUUUCCGACCGCCAUUUUGUACUCAAAUUCUGAGUUGAAUGAGGUACCAGACGCUGCAGAUAUUAAUACUGGACUACCACGUCGAUGCACUCUGCAAUGGACCAUCGGAUAUAAACCCGACCACUCUGACAUACCUCAGCAUCUGGACCUAGAUCAGGAUACUGGCUUGGCUCGCGCUUUUUCUGCUAGUACAAGAGAUGGGCCUGAAGUACUUUAUCAGGAACAAGAUGGUAUAUUGCCAAUGUCAUUGUACACAGAUCUUGAAAAGCGCGGUUUCGGAGACCCACUGAAAGUCUUCCUUGUUAUUCCAAUACGGACUUACGACAACAACAUUGUAGCAUUCCUUCUUAUUGGGCUUAAUACUCGUCGGCCAUAUGAUGACGAGUACAAGGAUUGGAUCAGUGUCUUCUCCAAUCUGCUAGGAGCUUCUGCUGCGCUAGUAGCACUCCACGAAGAGGAGGUACGAAGACGCAAACUGCAAGAGGAACAAGCCGCCCGAGAUCGCGAAGCCCUUAAUGCUGAAGUUGCAACUCUUGCACAAGAAGCUAGUAAUGCCGUGGAAAAACUUCGCAACUUCCAUGAGAUUGCAGACCAACUCGGACUUGGAUACUUUGAGAUUGAUGUUGAUGGGAUGCUGGUACAUGCUAAUGAAACAUACUUUGUUCAAACUGGGCACCAGAGAGAGUCUGCAAAUUGCCCACCUUUUGCCUUCAAGCAAUGUAUUCACGAAGAUGAUAUAGCCAAGAUCGAGGAUCAAUGGGAGACUCUGAUAGCGGGAGAACCAGCUACGUUUGAGGUUCGUUGGAAGAGACACUUGAAUCAAGAAAAAAGAGACAAGAAGGCUAGUGACGACUAUCUUUGGACGCUUUCAGCUUGUGUGCCUAUCAAAGACGCAGACGGGAUCGUUACAGGCGUCUUUGGCUGCAACACCGACAUUUCUGCCCAGAAAGAGGCGACCGAAGCUGCGAUCAUGCGCUCAGAGGCAGAGCGGCGCUUAGCCAGUUUCACUGAGCUGGCACCAGUCGGUCUAUAUCACCUUAACCAGGAUCUGUCUAUGAGGUACUGCAACGACCAGUGGUUCCGUAUCACCGGUCAUGAGAAAGUCCCCAUGGAUCAAGUAGACUGGCGGAAUAUCGUCGACGAAGACCGGAUAGAGGCUUGCUAUCGCGACGUAGACUUGACCAGAUACAAGGAAGGAUCACAUACAUUUUCAACCAAUCUCAAGAAACAAUGGACAGGGCCAGAUGGAGUCGUCACAUCAACCUGGAUCCUGGUAACAGCCACUGCGUAUGCAGAUGGCACCAUCAUGGGGACAAUGACGGACAUUUCGCAGCUGAAAUGGGCCGAGUCGAUUCAAAAAACCAGAGUUGAAGAAGCGCUUGAGGCGAAGAGGCAGCAAGAAAACUUCAUUGAUAUGACUAGUCAUGAGAUGCGCAAUCCAUUGAGUGCGAUGGUGCAGUGUGCCGACUCUAUCAUGGGCUCUCUGGGCGAGAUGAAAGCUCUCGUGCAAGGCGAAACCCUCGAUGCACAGCCCGACCAACGAGCACAGCUAGCAGACCUUAUUGAUGGCAGUUUAGACGCUAUCGACACAAUACAGGCAUGCGCCACACACCAAAAACGAAUCGUCGACGACAUCCUUACUCUCUCAAAGCUUGACUCAAAGCUUCUGGUCAUCAGUCCUCUGGUGCUGCAGCCAGCGACACUUCUACAAGACGCAUACAAAAUGUUCAAAGACGAAGCCAACAAAGUCGGCGUCGACCUCGAAAUGCGGUGUGACUCUUCCAUUAAGGAAAUGGAGAUUGACUGGGCCGUCUUGGAUCCGAGCCGUGUUCUUCAAAUUCUCAUAAAUCUACUGACCAAUGCUAUCAAGUUUACGAAGGACCAAGAUAUACGCAAGGUCGAGGUUAUCAUGGGUGCUUCUCGGGAGGUAGAAAAGAUGCCAGAGAUCGAGUAUGUGCCACAAGAAGCCUUACGAAGGGAUUUCCUCGCUCAAACUGAAGAGGACCAUGCAGGCGAAGUAUUCUACCUCAACUUCACAGUCAGGGACAGUGGAUGUGGGCUCUCGCCUGAACACAAGGACAAACUCUUUCUUCGAUUUUCGCAAGCCACACCAAAAACACACGUUCAGUAUGGCGGGACAGGCCUUGGUCUCUUCAUAUCCCGGGAACUCACCGAACUGCAAGGCGGCAGCAUUGGUGUGGCCUCUGACCAGAAUAUUGGAUCUACAUUUUCCUUUUAUAUCAAAUCACGGCGUGCAAAACCACCCCGAGAAAAACGCACGGCUGUAGAUGCAAACCCUACUCUUAACGGCGAGCCAUCUAGAGGCACCAACGCCGACAUUAUUGGAGACAUGAAUGGCAACCAUGAGGCUGUAGUGGUUGAUGCCCUUGCGUUGCCAGAAGCAGAAGAAGUCAUGGAAGUAGAGAAACAGCAUUACAAUAUCCUCGUUGUCGAGGACAAUCUGAUUAACCAGCGGGUUCUGUCCGCUCAACUAAAGAAACUAGGACAUACGGUGCAAGUUGCAAAUCACGGCGUCGAGGCACUCUCCCACUUAUCACAAACGCCAUUUUCAGCCACACCUACUGCCUCGGCCUCUGUCCCUCUCAGCGUGGUGCUUAUGGACAUUGAGAUGCCCGUCAUGGACGGACUGACGUGUACGCGGAGAAUCCGAGAGAUGGAGGCACAAGGCGAGCUGAGCGGCCAUGUACCGAUUAUUGCAGUUAGUGCCAACGCGAGACGAGAACAGGUGGAAUUGGCCAAGAGCGCGGGCGUAGAUGGCGCAAUAUGCAAGCCUUUCCGGGUUCCCGAGUUGAUAGACUUAAUUGAAGGGCUGGGCAUUAAGUAA